AUGUCGCAAGAAGCAACAUUGUUGCUUUGCUACAACCGUGGUUGUUUGAAGAAGUUCGAUCCUAACGAUAACAAGGAAGACGACUGUGUUCAUCACCCUGGUCAUCCAGUAUUUCAUGAUGCUUAUAAAGGCUGGUCUUGUUGUAAUAAAAAAUGUAUAGACUUUACAGAGUUUUUAAACAUUAAGGGUUGUACAAAAUCAUGUCAUUCGAACAUAAAGCCACCAGAGCCAAAGAAACCUGCAGUUGAUAAGUCUAAGGCUAAUGAAAUAAUAGAAAUUACUGUUAAACCUCUUAAUAAUGGACCUAUGUUAAAAAGACCUCCCUUCAACACUCCACAAAUUACCUUAACACCAACCAUAUCACCUACAUUAUUGGAACAAAUUAAAGGAUUAAAAGCUUUGGAACUAGAAAGUGAAUCAGAGACUGAAGUUAAAAUUGGACAGAGUUGUAGAAACAGUGCAUGUGAAGCUACAUAUAAUGGUCCUGAAUCUAACAAUGAAGUCUGUAAUCAUCAUCCUGGUGCUCCUAUAUUUCAUGAAGGGAUGAAAUAUUGGUCUUGUUGUCAAAAGAAAACCACAGACUUCUCUACAUUCUUGAAACAACCAGGAUGUACGCAAGGGAAACAUACAUGGAUUUCUAAGGAUGCUGGUAAGAAGAAAGAAUGCAGAUUGGAUUGGCAUCAAACAGGGACAUUCAUUGUAGUUUCGAUUUUUGCUAAGAAAUACGUACCAGAUUUUUCCACAGUUAAAUUGAAUCCUAUACGUUUAUCUGUGGAUUUAUCGUUCGCGGAGGAUAAUUCAAGAUACUCAUGUGACUUAGAAUUAAAAGGAGUUGUUGAUAUUGCACAAAGUAGUGUUGCGAUGUUGCCUACUAAAGUAGAAAUCAAAUUAAAAAAGGCUGAACCUGGCUCAUGGGCGAAACUGUGUUUCCCCAGAGAAGAUAAAACGGAAACUGAAGAAAAUAGUCGUAAUGAUGAAAUCAUUACUGCACAAGUGGAUGCUGUUGAUCUCAAUGAUCUUUGAACAUUCAUGUCUGUUUUGUUAAGGAUAUAAUUGUAAUUCGUGUAACCAUAUUAUAUUUAAGGACGACAUUUUAAUUUUAAGAUGUAAAGAAAUAUUAUUUUCUUAAUGUUAUCGGAAUUACGUUUCCGAGAAAAAGGGAAUACCUAGUAUUCACAUUGUUAUUUUCAUAGGGACAGAUGCCCAGAAAGCCUACCAUUAAACUUUAAUGUUUCAAAUAUCUUAUCCUUUAUUUAUGAUUUUCCUAUAAUUAA